AUGCAGAAAUCGGGCUCCGACGAGGGAGCCUCUGCUGGCCAGCCAGAGGAUUCGCCACCGGCUCCCUCGCAGAAGUCCCUGGAUUCCGGAAGUGGCGCUGAGUUUCAAAUCAGUUUGAACGAGUUUCUAGAAUUUCUGAAACUCUCCUGUCAUGUAAACGAUAUGAUAGCCAAGUCCGACAUGGGGAAACCACACACAAGGGAGCCAGUGCCACCAAUUGAGGGCAGUGCCGCCACUUCCAAGCGGAACUCCAAAAAGGACGAAUUUGACUUUGCCCAGUUGGCGGAAAAUCCGCUGGUUAACGAACUACUUGGAUUGCGGCGACCCUCUCGGAAUUCCAAUGCUCGUCACGGCGACCAGGCGAGCUCCAGUUUGCUCCAGGAGGCGAAAACUAGUGUACUGCGUUCGGGACACAGUCACCUUGGCCGGUCAUCCCGUACGGAAUCUACUUACCGAGGACUACAUCCCAAAUUGGGCGAACAACUGGAUGCGGCCAUCAACGAGGGUGUCCUGGAUUCGGUUUUGUCCUUUAUUUGCCCGGUUCCCAUGCCCACACAACUCCAGAAUGGAAAGAUUAAACCCAAACAGCUGCAGCCACCGAAAGAGCUUCUCACCCAGACAUCGCCCACUCCGAAUUCGAAUCCCAUUCCUCCGGCAGCUCCUCUUACCUCGGGGGCUUCCAAGUCCCUGAUGGAGUUGGGUCACUCACAUGGGCCGAUGCCUUCAGCCAUUCCAUCAGCUCCUUGCCUCCAGCAAGUUCAUCACGGCGGAGAUACUCAUCAUCCGGACCAGAUCACAAAUAGCAUGGUAAGGGCCAUGAUCAAGGAACCGAUUCCAAAGCCGGGUGUUAUAAACGCCGGCAGACGCAAGUCCUUGCUCCUGGUUAAGGAUAGCAAACAUGCCAGGCAGGAGAGAAAGGAACCCGAAGUAGUGAUCCACGUCUGCGACGAGGUGAAGAACACCUCGAAGGACUUCACCUGCCCGCAGCACCUGCUGGUGACCAAAAUGGGCUACUUUGCGGACGUGACUGCGGGUCAGCGGCUGGAGGAGAUGGACAUAUCGGUGCACUGCGACAUCCUGAUCUUCGACUGGCUGAUGAAGUGGAUAAAGCACAGUGCCCAGAGCCAGGAUCUCCCGGUUUCCGGCCAGAGCAGCGGUCCCCAGCUGGAUGGCAAUAAUGUGGUGCCCAUUUUGGUGUCGGCCAGUUUCCUGCAGAUGGAACCACUGCUCCUCGAGUGCCUGGCCUUCUGUCAUGCUCACCUGAGCGAAGUGGUCAGGACAUCCACGAAUCUCUCGUGUCUGAAUGAUGCCUUGGUCACCCGACUGGCGGCCAUGUUCACGAAUCUUGAGCUGGAAAUGGUGCGGGAUAAGAAGGAGCGAGUGACACCGCGUUUGUGGACCAAGUUGAUACAGUCCCUCUGCGAACCGGAUCCCGAGGUGCUUAGAGGACAUUUUUACAGCAUGUCUGGCUUGUUUCGCUGCUCCAGAUGCUUCAAUUGUGUCACCAAUACGAUGAAGUCCUAUGUGAGCUGUGUGCCCAGCAACAUCCGCCUGAAUCGCUGGGGCCAACUGAUGAGCCAUCAUGUGAGGGACACCAACUGGGAUCUCAACGUGUACAUCGUCCAGCUGUUCAAGGAACUCAAGUCCUGGAGGAAGGUCUACUGGAAGUUGUGGGGCCACUGCCACUAUCUCUACUGCUGCACUUGCGAGGCCCACUUCCCGGUCUACCAGAUGCACUGGUGUCGCUUCCAUCCGGAGGCACCCAACUUCCUGGGUCCCGUGGGAAAUGCCGGGCCUGCUGGACGAUUCUCCUGCUGUGGCCAGCAGGCCUUUCGCUAUGAGACGCUGCCAGGACCAAAUGGCUGCCAGUUCCGCGAGCACAGUGUCCUGGUGGAAACGGAUCGUGAACGAGCCAUCCUGGCCAUUGCCCAGUUGGUGGGCGAGAACUAUGCCCUUUGUGAGCAGCCACCACUGAGGAUUCAAGAACUGGCAGCUGCUGGCGAGAUCAGUCCCAGUUGGCAGGGUAUCUCCCUGACUCCCCAGAGAUGUCGUCAAGGUCUUUUGCCGCAGCUUUGCAUGGACAGUGUCCUAAAAAGGGUGACCAACCACCGGGUGAGCCGUCGCAUGAGAGGAUCGCGCUACCAAAUGGACACCAGCACCGAUUCCGAGACGACUUCCACCAGCGAGGAUGAUGCGCGAUGCCUGCGUCCGCGCAUGCGCAAUGUUCACGAUGAUGAUGAGGAUUACAGUUCCAGUAGCGAUGGCUGCGAAUCGGAGCAUCGACCACCGCCCAGGAAAACUAGGGGAAAGAAGUCACGAAAGCGUCCCACCGAUGUUUCGGGUCGUUUUUGGUCCGGCGAGCUCUCCGCCCGCAGCAACCAGGAUCACCAGCGCGAUUUCGAGGAGAAGAUCAUGAAGCAGGUGGCCAACUAUGUGACCAAGAAGACCGGAACGGAUCAGUGCCUGGUGCAGAAUGCCCAGCCACUUGGUGGCUCCUAUGUUCGCCUCGAAUCCGAAUGGAAGGAGAUGCUCAAGCAGCGCCACAGCCACCACAGCAUCCAAAAUUCCAAUGCCACUGGCAUUUCGAUGCCGCAGAAUAGUAACACUUGCAUGGGAUCCACAAUCGCUGCCGGUGGAUCCUCCGUUUCCGUCAUGUCCAAGCAGAAGCACAAGUAGCAAUUCGUUCCCGAGUAGAAGUUAAUUGCAUUCGCCAUUCGUAGACCAAAUAUUUAGUCCGUUUCUUAGUAAAAUGUUUAGUGCAAAUCAUAAAUAUUCAUAUGAAAAUGUAGAAAAAAAUUAAUUAAUUGAAAAUGUAGAAAAUUAUAUAAAUGAUUGUAUUGCAUCUCAAAA